AUGCUUUAUGCAAAAGGCAAAAAAGAAAGCAAAGGGAAGGAAGCGUCAAGUAGGCAUUUGAAAUCAACAUUCUUACGUCGAAGAUCCGUACAACAGGCAUAUAAACCUGGUCCAAGUCGGGGCAGGAAGCAUGUAUGUCUUCUCCACGGGAUGCUCUAUCGCCCUCCCGCUGAUGCAUAUUCGGUCUCUGAGUUGGAGAUGCAGCAGCAAGGGGGCCAGGUCAGCGAUGGUGUUUGCUUGCUGUGCAACCAGGAGGAAGAAGCACCACCACUAGCAGCCUGUCUGCCCGGAUAUGCAGUUGACUCUUGUCUUGUUGGCUUGGACUGA